UGUGCAAUUGUCGCCCUUCGUCUCGAUCCCCUCUUGAAUCUCUGCGGUUCUUCGUCUCCGUCUCUCCGGUCGCCGGAACCCUAAAUAGCGGCGAUGCUUCAACACCAGAUCUCGCAUUCUCCGGCCAGGCUCGGCCUCACGAGCCCCACCAGCUCCAGCUCGCCUUCUCUCCCGAGCACCAAUCCCCCCAAAUUCACUACCGCCGCCUCCUCCUCCCACCAGCAGCCGCACCACCAUCCAAACCUCCCCUCGUCCUCCGCCGCCCCCGCCACCUCCUCGACCCUCCUGUCUCUCCUCCCGCCUCUCCCCCGGGCCCAAUCGCUCCUCCUCCAGAUGUCCUCCCUCGCCUCCAAGCUCUUCGACGUCUCCCCUAAUCGCGCUCUCUGGCUCUCCUCCUUCCGCGGCUCUCUCCCUUCCUUCCUCUCCUCUCAGCCGCAGUCUCAGCCCGCUCAAUCGCACGUCGCCCUUCACGAUCCACCUCCGUCUUCGACUAAGGAGAUCCUUUCCCUCUUCACUUCUCUCCAGACUCAGCUCUUCAAGGCCGUCGCUGAGCUGCAGGAGAUCCUCGACCUCCAGGACGCCAAGCACAAGCUCGCCCGCGAGAUCCGGUCCAAGGACUCCGCCCUCCUCUCCUUUGCCAACCGCCUCAAGGACGCCGAGCGCGUCCUCGAUGUCCUGGUCGAUGAUUACGCUGACUAUCGCCGUCCAAAGCGGUCGAGAUCCGCCUCUGCCAUGGAGGAGGACGGGGAUGAUGAUCUCAGCAGCUCGACCACGGUCGCCUCGAGGCUGAAUCUGUCCGACAUUGUCUCCUAUGCGCAUAGGAUUAGCUACACCACAUUCGCGCCGCCAGAUUUCGGUGCGGGACAGGCUCCUCUUAGAGGGGCUCUGCCUCCGGCUCCCCAGGACGAGCAAAUGCGCGUCUCGCAGCUGUACAGUGUCGAUGAUAUCCAUCUGCCGAAAUCGGCGGUCCAGGAUGAUGACAAAGCGAGUAUAUCAAUGGUCGAGACGCUUGCAAACAUGAAUGUGCCGGCAAUCCCAGUGUUACCUCCGAACAUCGUCGUCCCAUCCGGCUGGAAACCAGGGAUGCCGGUGGAAUUGCCUACCGACUUGCCUGUUCCACCACCUGGAUGGAAACCGGGCGAUCCGAUCACAUUGCCCCCAAUAGACACCCUUCCUGUUCGCAGGCCUGAGGAGCCACAAUUGCAACCGGCUGGUCUGCCAGGAUUGCAUAAGGAGCCCGAGACCAUACAGGUCCGGCAUGUCGACCUCGAACUUCCAGAUACUUUUGACGACAGCAGUGACUACAGUAGCGACGAGGCAAGCUCUGAAGAUGAUGAGUGAACCGAUAUGGGGGGUCUCUGUAAUCGGAUUGCCAUUGUAGAAUAAUUCUGAGUGCUCCUUGUAUGAACUUGAUCAUUUAUCUAAUAGGAUGUUUCUUUCUUCCUGG